UGCAAGAGCCUUUUCUUCUCUCCUUUUCUUUUUCAUUCGUGUUAUUGGUAAGAAAAGGAGAAAUGGGCAGGCUUAUAGAAGAGAAGGCUCUUGAUCAAACGUUUUACGGCCAUCAUUAUGAUCAUCAACAGCUGGGGCUUGACCGUUAUAACAGCCUCGAAGAGAAAAUUUCAGAGUUUUUGAACAACGGCUACGCAGAUUCCGAUGCAACCGACGAUUAUGGAUCAGACGACAACGAAUCCAUCGAUGCUCUCCAACACGACCUUUAUUGGGAAUCCCAGGAGGCCCUUCUUCAGGAAAUCCUUGAGCGUUAUGCAUUGGUGGGUGCUAAAUUACGGCAAGAAAUCAAUGGAAUUAUAGAGGAAGCGAGAGAGACGGUGUUUUGCAGCUGCAAAAACCAGAAGCAAACGCAAAAGCAAAGCCUGAGGAGUGAAGCCGGUUGCAUCAACUGCUUGCGCGAGAGAGUUAUACAUCUGCUUUGUCGCAGUGGACUUAAUGCCACUCUAUGUGUCUCUAAGUGGAAACACACCAAGAAUCAUCUUGCAGGGACGCAUGAAUACAUCAAGGUGAUCGCAAGCACACAGGGGCAGAAGAAGCAAAUCCCAUUUGUGAUCGAAUUGGAGUUCAGGGACCAAUUCGAGAUCGCAAAAGCAUGCGACGAGUACAUGAAACUGGUCGACAAAUUACCGGAGUGUUACGUGGGGAAAUCCGAGUACAUCAACCCCAUCGUGGGAGUGAUGUGCGAUAGCGCCAAGAGGUCGAUGGAGGAGCAGAAACUCCAUAUGGGUCCAUGGAGAAAACGAAGCUUCGUGCAGAUGAAAUGGUCUAAUUCUUCAUGAACCAUCGAGGCAAGUGCUGCAUAUAUGUUGCUCAAAAUCUCGGAAAACCGCUGCUGCUGGGAAUUGUUUCCAAACGAAACAUCGACGCUUCUUGCUAAUGAAGAUAGUAACUAGCAAGGGACAGAUGCAUUUUUGGUCUCAUUAAAUGAUAUGAUAGUGGCCAACUAUUAUGAACACAAGUAAUGAUUGCUAUAUAAAUUAUGAGAUAUAUUAGAAAUUGUCAAAGAAGGCAAACCCCAAGUCCAUGCUGCCCAAUUUUGUAUCCUGGAGAGACAUUUGUAGUAUGGGUAUUGGAUCAUAUAGCCGUGAGGGUAUGACAGUGCCGGCAUAUGAAAUCAUUUUGAUUCACAGCAAAGUUUUGAAAUGAAAAAAAAAGAAUUGCUUAUUAA